UGCACCACUCCACGUGUUGCUAUUUUAAGUUCUUAUACAUACUGUACAGUUUACGGCGUUGGUUCCGUGUUCUGGGUACAAAUGAUAAAACUGAUAUGCCUAACCAGUACUUGACUACAGCUGUUCGGAGUGUUUCUUACUGACAGUCUGGAUUAAGUAAAACUAGUCGCAUAUCUAAUGACUCAACGAGAAUUUCAUGUUGUGCGUACAAACAUACUUUAGCAUAUUAACACAUGACACCGCUGAUAAUAUAUAUAUUAUCACUAUGUAAUACCUGCGCCACAGGGAUCGUGUAAUGCAGAUAUAUUACGCAGGUACAAAUUAAGGUGAGUGUCUGAUCAAACAGACACGAUGAGUACCUGGGAAACGUUUGAUCCCCCUGACAUUUCCACAUCAGCAACAUAUGCCGGAAGUACACCUAACUACUGGAAUUCGACCGCUGUUAGUUCUACAACAGGUCUCCUUAACAAUACAAAUGUGUCAUCUUCAGAUUCAUCAACAUCAUCACCUACGGAGCAACUCCUGGUAGAAGUUGGAUCUUAUUUAUGGAAAAUUUUGUCUCCGAUUUUGCUCUUCGUGGGAAUAGUAGGAAAUACACUAAGUGUUAUCAUUUUCAUACGCAUGCAAGCUUGGAGGAAGCCCUCCUUGUUUUUCCUUGUCCCUCUAGCCUUCACAGACACGACGGUGUUGUGUGUAGGACUCAGCCGAUACUGGGUCCGAGAGAUGUUUGAUUACGACCUUCGACUCACUUCUCAAGCUGGUUGUAAGAUCAAUUUUUUCGUGUUGUACAUUUCGAUGCAGUUUUCCUCUUGGAUUUUAGUGUGUUUCACAUUUGAACGCUUUUUGAAAACCAAUUUCCCAUUCCGAUAUAUACGGGUUAUGACGGUGAAGAAGGAGAUCGUAGCAUUAGUGAUAAUAUUUUUAUUUCUUACUUGUGUGGAUGGUCAUUUCUUUUUUACUAAUGGAUUGACGUAUCGAGAUGGCCCACUUGAUUGUUCGUCGCUAACAAGCGAAACAUUUUAUUUUGACGAGUAUGUUUUUGUUUACAUAGAUCUUGUUUUUCUUUCAAUUUUGCCAGCAACUCUAAUGGUGGUUAUGAAUAUUUGCAUUGUUCGAGUUUACCGACAAUCUAUUAAAUUUCUACGAUCAUCCAGCACCGGUACAAACGCCGCAUCGAACAGACAGAGAUACAGCAUCAAGGUCACCAAGAUGCUUCUUCUGACAAAUUCUUACUUUGUGUUCGCAACACUGCCAAUCUGUUUGUACUACAUUGUGGAUUCUUACACACAUACUGAGGACGCCAUUUUGAUCGCGAGGAAGGAUCUAGCUUGGUCUGUUGUAUACAUAUUCCAGUAUUCAAACUAUACAAUGAACUUCUUUCUUUACAUCGCGGCCAACGAUAAAUUCAGACUUCAUCUUUUCAGCAUUUUAAAGUGUAAAGCAGCAGCAAGAUUUUCUCGAAGAAGGAGUUCGGCAUACAGCGUUCAGAGUACAUCAACAUUUCGUAUCACAAGCGAGGAUUCGGAAGCCAUGGCUUCUUCCGAGGGGGAGGGAAGCGAUAACUCCGGAUCGUCAUUCUCACGUGUCCACCCUGUCACUACUAGUAAUGGAAGUGUCAUUCCUUCAGUGACGGCAAAUCUGGAGAUACUAUCUUCCCCGUCACUGUCGGGGAGACAGGACAAAUGUAGACAAAUGUCCAGAGUACAGUGGUCUAGGAGGGUAGAACAGUUUAACAGUGCCAUAUCUCACUUGUCUUUGUCAGACGCAACAGUGUAAAGAUGACGCCGCAUACCCUAUUGUGUAGGGUAAACGUCAUACAACUAUCCGUAUCAGUAUUAUGAUAAUGUGUUUCCAGUUGUCGUCAUCAGACUCAACAUGGUAAAAAUGACGUCACACCUAGGACCUUAAGAGUAUUACUUCGCCAUUUUACUACCUUACAAGAACAUGAGGCGUGUAUGUUCUCUCCGCCGCUUCAUCAGAGAAGGAGGACAACCGUUCCAGUCGAUUUAGCAGCAAACUAUUGAAUGUUCAAUAUCUUAAAUAAACAUGAAUUAUUUAUAUUUGUAUUCUUAAUAAAACUACACACGUAUAUCUAUAAUACAAGCAAUAUAAGAUAUUUUUCAAAUAAUUUCUUUCCCGCCAUAACUUUCAAAUGGUACGUGUAGAAUCUAUCAGCACCACGUUCCAUGAAUUACGAAGAUGUUUCACUUGAUAGAUGUCAACACUUCACCGGGUGUUGUAAUUUGGUGUUAUUUUACCCUAUCUUAACAUCUUUAAAUACGUGUCGUUUUAUUUCAAAGCAGAUGUCAUCUUCGCUAACCAAGGUUUCUGAUUACGUUACACUCCACGAACCCUUGGCAGAUAUAUUUGUCAGUUCUGGCCCUAAUAAACUCUUAUUACAUUUUGAUUGGUAAACACGAUGACCUUUGACCGGGACUAUUUUUUCAUUACGUGGUUCAGUGCGAUUUGAUUGGCUUACACUUGAAGGCCGCUUGACAAUGUUCCGGAAAUGUUUUGAUACAUACUUGAAAAUAUAUAAAGAAAAUAAACUAA